UUAUUUUUUCUUUCCCUCCUCAUUUCAUAAAGCAAAAGCAGGAAUUUCUUGAUUGUAACGAAGAAAACUUUUUACUAUUUUUUUUUACAUUGUCCCACAAGUGACAAGCGUUGCUUUAAACUAGAAAUUGCAAAAGAUUUAAAGCUUUAGGUGAAUUAUUUAUUUCCCAUCAACAACAAAACGGAAACCAUCAUUGACAUACAUUUUAAAACAUUCAAAUAACUCCACGACACUCUCGACGUUAGGGGUUUUUUGCGUAUCCUUUCGUGUACGCCACAAAACAACACGAGACGUGAGUACCCAACACGAUUCAACACGAGUUUCAACGAACAUCCGCGAACUGAUCUCGUGAGCUCCAUCUUUCAUCGAACUGUAUAUAUGACAGCAUCCAAGCACCGACAAACGUCAGUUAUUCUUCUAGUGUCGUUAGUGAUUCAUCUCUCGCACUAAACCACAGUAGGCGCGUAACGGUGCAGCGUGGUGGCGAUGUUUAUUGGACCGGUACGACGAUAUACCGGCCGUGCGAUACUUUGUGACGUGAUUUAUGCAAAGCGGUGCAAAUAACCCACUCAACGACGAGCACGCUGGUAGCACAUCAAAAAGGGAGAACACUCCUCAAAUGGACACUUAAGUGAGCUUUGUGUGUGCGUGUGUGACUGCAUUUAGCAAAAGCAGCUCAAGGACUGUUGGAAAAAGGACUGUUUUGUGGGCGCAAGUGAAAACAUUCGUUUCGGUUUCUGCAAAUAAAAAGUAAUUAUGAACAAAUAGUAAACGGUUUCAUCAACCCCAUGGACAGCAGCAGCAAUACCACGUGGAACAGUAUUAGGAUGGGCCGCAACGUUUGGAUAUCCAGCGUAUUUCUGCUGACAGUGAUGUGUCACUGUGCAACUGGCCAAACUGCGUCGGGCCCUCUCCCCGAACCGGUGUGUGGUCAAAUCUCGCAAAUGCUGGACAGCUGCUUCCGCAACUCUUCACCAUCGAUUGCCGUCGAGUUGCUGUACUCCGUCAAGAUACCGGACUCGGUGGAGGAAAUUAGCGACCGGUGUCUACUGUUCAACCGUGGUAUGGAAUGUGUACAGCACUAUCUGAACGUGUGCGUCGACCAGAAGGAGCGGAAAAUCAUCGAAAACGAAGUGUACGGGGCGAAACGUUUGUACGAGUUCUUAUGCCAGGAUCGUUCGUUUCAGAAAGAAUUUCUUAAACACAAGGAUUGCUUUCAUCACGUGCAUCACGACUGGGACGGAUGUUCGAGCAAGUUUAUCAGCAUUCUGAAGGAGGAAAUGUCCAAAACGACGAAGCAAUCGAUGAACGUGCAGUACAUGCACUUUUGCUGCGCACGUUAUGGUUAUGAAAAUUGUGUCUACAACAGUGCCCGGUACAAGUGUCGCCAUGAUUCGGCCAUUUUUCUUCGUACUGUCGCGAAGCUCCUGUCCACCGAUAAACACUUUCUGAACUGUGAUAAGAUCGAACACGAGGUCUGUUCCAACGGGACGAGGGAGCACGCUUGGGGGAAGCUCGUGGCGUUGCUGGGUGUGUUGGGAUUGGUGCGGAUUUUCGGAACCGGAAGGUACUUCUCGCUUGACAUCCGUCAAUGAGGAUUGAUUUUGGGAAGUAGAAUUACGUUCGUAUGUACGAAGGGUAUCUGUUGGGGAGAUUAAAUUGUGCGAAUAGUAGAUUAAGCAUUUUAUUACUAAACACAUUUUAAAAUCUAAACUAACUAAGUCACUAUUCAGGUAGAUGUAAGCAGAUAGUUAAGCUGAUUGGUGGUUUCAGUUACUGAUAGGCGCAAAUAUUGUAAUAUAGUAAACAGAAUGUUAGCUUCAAUGUACAACGCUACAGUCACGAUGGCUUCUCCGUCAAAUCGUAAAAAAGUGAUCCUUAAC